UUUAGUCGGGACUGGAACUGAUGGACACAAAAACAUUGCCAUUGAAGACAUUAUCAAUCAGAUUGACCGAUAUUUUUGCCGACUAUAGCAAACAGUUGGCGUCGAAGAGUCGUGAAAAUCAAUUGUUGAAGUGGUGUCUGAAUAAAUCAGAUCUGAUCCGAAAAUUGCUGGAAGAAUGUAACGAAACAUUGGUCGCGAUCAUCGAGUUGUGCCAAUUGGAUGAAAAUAGUAACACGAAGAUUGUCCAACUGAUCGGAUCAGUUAGACAACUGGAGAAUCGGAUUGGACGAGAAAAACAAAGUUUGCGGACAUUUCGCGAGGACAACGGUCGGUGUCUAUUGGCUGCUGUGACAACUUGUGAUGAUAAGUGUAUUCAAACCGAUAAUAAUUUUGGUGAUAAUAAUAAUAAUAAAGAUCUAGUGAUAGAAGAAAAGUCAGAACCAAUAGAUGUCAAGUGCGAUACCAAAGAAGUGUUGAAGAAAUGUGACACAAAUCGGUUAACCGAUGGCCUAAACGAGUUGAACGGCGAAGACUAUGAAGAAAAUAAUAGCAUACAAAGCAAUAGUUCCGUUUGUGAUAUCUGUCCCGAAGACAGUCAGGAUGUCGUCAAUAGCGACACUAACGAUGACGACGACGACGACAAUGAUUGCAGCGAUACUGAGUGGUGGACAUCGAAGAAUAGGAAACGACUAAUGAAGUCAAGGCGACGAACAGAACUAAUCAAUUCGCCGGUGAAGCCGUUGAAAACCGGCGACAAAUACCGAUCCGAUACUACAGUAGUGGUCAACAACAACAACAACAAAACUGCAGACAACGAUAGAGUGGUUACCGAUAAACAAAUCGAUACUAUUUUAGAGAACUUUGUUGUCGACGACAACAACAAUGAUAGCAAAUAUGUUUGUCUUCGCGAGAAUUGUCAGUUUAGUUGUCCGCUCAGCGAUCGGGAUAUCUUCUACGAACACUACAAACAACACGAUGUGGUCGACGAACCGAACCGCCCGACGGGUAAUAGACAGCGGCCGUACGGUUGCGACGAAUGCAGUUCAACGUUUGCCAAGAUAUCGGACGCCGUCAGACAUAAACGCGAAGUCCAUCCGCAGACACUGUUUGUCUGCAAUCAGCCGGACUGUGGCGUUAAGCUGAAGACACUGAGAAGUCUCGUCCGACACAAGGAGAACGUACACAGAAAGCUGACAAUGAAGACAACAGCAACAACAACAAGAAUACCGGCCAACAAAACUGAUGACAAACUGAUUACCGAUAACUCGGAAGACUUGAAGAAGACUGUAGAUGAUCGGCAAAAUUGUCGGAUUAAUGUACGAAACCGCAGGAGAACUACUACUACUACUGCAUCUAUCAAUGAUUAUAACAAUUGUGAUAACAAUAGUCAACAAAGUGAUGAUCUGGUCAGAGAUCGUGAUUUCUUCGUCGACAACUUAAAUGACAGUAAUUUUGAGAACAACGACGACGAGGACGACGAAGACAAUAGCGAUUUUGAGUGGACAUCGAAGAAUAGAAGACAACGAAAGUCAAAGCGAUUGAGAGCUCAAGAAUCUGUUGGAGAAACCAAUGAUCAACAAAUUGAUCGGAUUUUGCAGCACUUCAUAGUCAACGGCGGUGACGACGACGACAACAAAAACAAAUAUGUCUGUCCACUGGAAAGCUGUCAGCAUAGUUGUCCACUGGGGGAACGGGAUGUCUUCUACGAACACUACAAGAAACACAAUACAUCGACAUUUGAUCCGAUCCGUACCGAUAACCCGGACCAGCCGUUUGUGUGCGACGAAUGCAGUUUGCCGUUCAAAACACUGGCGGACGCUGUGAACCACAAACGUGAUGUUCAUCCGCCGGCACUGUAUGUUUGCAAUCGGCCGGACUGUCCGGUAAAGCUGAAGACUAUACGCGGUUUUAUCGAUCACAUGAAGACAGUGCACAUGAAGAAGAACAAGAAGAAGAUGACGACGAAUAAGAAGAAGAAGAAACAAACGCUAAAUAAUCGGAAGAAGAAUAUGGAUAUAAUCUGCGAAUUAUUCUUAGUCGACAACAACCGAUAUGUUUGCCAUCGCGAGAAUUGUCAGUUUAGUUGUCCGAUCGGCGAUAAAGACGUCUUCUACAAACAUCACUGUCAACACAAUCAGACCAAUAAACCGAUUGUGAUGACUACCGCCGAUGACGGUAACGGCAAAGUCGUCAAACAUUACGCGUGUUAUGUUUGCGCUCAGGUAUACACUGAUCGCCGGCUAUGUAGUCGUCAUCAGCAACGCUGUCAUCCGUCAUCGGUAUUUGUCUGUCUGCUGGACAACUGUCGUGUACGGGUCAAGACCCUAUACCAUUUGAAAAUGCACCGGGAUAACCUUCACCGAAAACUAUUGAACUACCAGUGCGAUUGGCCCGGUUGCGAGCACCGGGCGUUUACCAAAUCGUUGAUCGAUAAUCACAAACUGGUACACUCGGAGGUGAAAAAAAUGUCGUGCGAUUGGCCGGGCUGUCAGUUUCGAUGCAAAGUCAAAUACUCGAUGGUGGCACACAUGCGCCGGCAUACUCGCGAAAGGCCUUACCAGUGCGAUUGGCCCGGGUGUACGUUUAGCUGUACCCAACAGUGCGCACUGACCGUACAUAAGCGCCGACAUACGGGCGAAAAGCCGUACGAGUGUCGCGAUAACGGAUGCGGCAAACGAUUCGCGUCGUUGUCCGGACUGCACAUUCAUCGCAAACAACAUAUUACGGGUCGGAUCGGUAUUAGAGGUCGACCGAAGAUUUAG